AUGUCGCCCAACAAUAUCCAAAACGAGCCCGCCGGUCUAGAAGUUGCCCCAGUGUCCGACUUACCAUAUGUCGUCGAGGGGCCGACUAUCAUAGAGAAGCCAUACGACGGCACGCAGUAUGUGUACGAUCAACAUGUACCCGUUUUCCAGGGCAUGGUUCAUCAGAAUGCUUACUCGAACGGGGCAUAUCCUCCCCAAAGGUAUCCUAUUCCUAACCAGGGUCGACCAUACUGGGGAGGAUCUCAAGAUGGCACAUACCUCGCUGAAAAGACACCUCCUAUACCACCAAGUGGCAAAAGAAUAUAUGGAUUAAAGGUGAAGACUUUCUGGCUAAUCGUUGGCCCGAUCACUGCCAUCAUCGUCAUUGGUCUGGCAGUCGGCUUAGGUGUGGGAUUGGCUACUUCACACAAAUCGAGUUCAGGUUCUGACGCAACUCCUACAUCGUCACAACCCUCAAGCACAACUGGAUCAACGUCAAUCGCGUGUCCGCAGUCAAACGGGACGAUAUACGAAGGGGCCGGCAACGACCCGUUCCUGGUUCUCUGCAACGUGGACUACAACGGCAACUGGGAAGGCAGCGGAACCACAGACAUUGGCAACGAAGAGACAAGUUCCGUCGAGGACUGCAUCGAUAUGUGCGCGGGGAACUCAACCUGCGCCGGCGCGGGCUGGGGUAACUACAAUGGACAUAAUGUCUGUUGGAUGAAGGGAAAGUUGGGCUCACCGCAGGACUCCCCGAAUUGGUUCUUCGUGAUCAGGCAAUAG